AUGAUUCGAGAACUUAGUCCAGAGUUGGCUAAAGUUGCCAAAAAUGAAUUAAAUGAGAAUCCCAAACAAACGCCUGACGAUAUCAAAUAUUUAAAGGAAUGGAUUUCUAAGCAGCCCCAUCUGAAAGCUAGAACAGAUGACCAAUGGCUGGUGGCGAUGUUGAGAGGUUGCAAGUUUAGCUUGGAGCGAGUGAAAACGAAGUUAGACCUGUUCUACACCUUACGUACUACUGCACCUGAAGUAACCCUACGUUUAAAGCCUACUGAGGCUGAAUUCGUUAAUUUUUUAAAAUUGGGAACAUGCAUCAUAUUACCAAAAGCAAAGACUGGCCUGCACCCGCGGGUGAUUCUUAUCAGAGCGGGACGGUACGACCCCGAAAAAAACAGUGUGGCCGACAUGAUGUGUAUUCUAUACUACUUAGUUCAGAUUAUGGUUAUCGAAGACGACGCUGCCUCAGUAUUAGGAACAAAAAUAUUCGUGGAUUAUAAUGGUGUUACUAUGAAUCAUGUGGUGCAGGGCACUCCAAGCUUACUGCGAAAGAUAAUUGCUGUUACACAAGACUCGCUACCCCUUCGACUAAAAGGCAGUCAUCAUUUGAAUGUACCAUCGGGAAUAGAGGUCAUUUUUAAACUUAUUUCCACGGUUGUUAACGAAAAAGCGAAACAGAGACUUAAGGUACAUAAAAGUGUUGAUGAAUUAUUCGAAAUAAUCCCGAAAGAUGUAAUACCUAUUGAGUACGGUGGAACCGGUGGUACAGUCACUGAAAUUAUUGAGUAUUGGGUUAGAAAGAUUACUGAGUAUAAGUCCUGGAUGGAGGCCGAGCAGGAACUUGGAACAGAUGAGUCUAAGCGACCCGGUAAACGACUUACUUCUGAUGAAAUUGGAGAUCAAGGUUCUUUUAGGCAACUGGAUAUAGAUUGA